AUGUCUCAACCAUCUUCAUCAUUCGAUCCAGAAACACCUGAAUCUGAAUUGGAGGAAAGUUCGAAUAUUUUGGAAAAGCCGUUGAAAAAUGGCAAAAAAGUGUCUGAAGCGAACGGAGAGGCUCAUGGACUUGAUGAUUAUAUCCAGAUGGGAGGGUAUGUGCUCUUGGUAUGUUUAGCGGCCGAACUACUCAUUCUACCUCAAGUUUCUUCAAUGUUUUACAUGAUGUAUGCUGGAGCCGCUCCACGAGUCCUAUCGUGCGACAACACCGUGUUUGAUAGCCAGCUUGAGGGAAAAGAAAUCUGUUUUGAAAUUGAUCGAAUCGGGAACUGUUCCCAUCCCAACUUCCAAUAUCAGUUCAAGAGUAUAAACGUAGAGUACAACUACUUCUGUGACACAUCGAAACUGGUCAAAAACUCAAUCUCAAUUCAAAUGAUUGGUGUCCUGACUGGGUCCAUUGUUUUCGGACAAAUUUCUGAUUCGUUCGGAAGAAAGAUCGGUACACAAUUCGCUUCUAUUGGAAUGUUUAUUGGAUGGUUGAUUGUUGUGCAGAGCAGAAAUUUACUUCAUUUCACUGUCUCAAGAACGAUUCUUGGAUUUUUCACCGGCGGAAGUGUUUCAGUGAUCAACGUAUUCAUCAUGGAAAACAUUCCGAAAAAGCAUAGAAUGUGGAUUAACAUGGCAAUCACAUGGUCACCAAAUAUGCCAAUCUACUCACUUUUUGCAUGGAUUGCCGGAGACUGGAAAACGUUAGCCUAUAUAAAUGCAUUUGUGUGCCUUCCUGGAUUUUUCUUCUUCCAAUUUUUUAUUCAUGAGUCACCAAGAUGGUUGGUAACGAAAGGAAAGAUCAGUGAGGCUGUGCAGGUUCUAAAACGCCAACUCAAAACGUCCAAUCAACUUCACCUGAUUCAUGAAGACUUGGAAGACAACUUGAAUAUGGAAUACGCUAAAACCGUAAAGCAAAACACUCGGAAAACCAAAUUCUCUUACUACCAUUUGUUUGUCACUCCGAGAUUAGCAAUGACUACUGCGGCGCUUGCUUAUAGUUACUGGGCAACAUCUAUAAUCAACUAUGGUGUUCUAUUCAAUAUGGAGAAGCUAUCUGGUUCGAUAUACUGGAAUUCUGUGUGGACCGGACUGAUGAGAUAUGCAUGUAACUUAUCAUUUGGUUGGGCGGAUUUGAAGUUCAAGAGAAUCGGAAGAAAAUUCAUUCAUACCAGCGGAUUGGUCAUUAUUUUUAUCUCGUUGAGUGUUGUGGUGGCUUGCUAUGCUCUUCACAUGAACCAUGAAAUGAAGGAUGUCAUCAGAAUAUCGAUUCUAUUGGCAAGUUCGAUGACGUCCCAGAUUUAUAUCGCAGAUGGAAUAGUGGCAAAUGAAUUGUUCCCAACGCCUAUUCGCACAAUCGGAUACUCUUUUAUACAGACAUGGAAUCGAGUUGGUGUAGUGUGUUCUCCGUUUAUUUUUUAUCUGGCAGACUACUGGUUAGCUCUCCCAUUUUGUUGCAUGAUUUUCUUCUCACUAAUAGAUACCUUCUCAUUCGAGUGUCUAUUACCUGAAACUAAAGGAAGACAUCUUGUGGAACAUAUGCCACCACGUCACGAAUGGUGGUUUGGUGCUGGAAAAGUUGACAAGAUAGUAGAGGAAGAGGAGGACGUUGAAGAAGAGUUAAGGCCGUUGGAAGCUUAA